GUGCGGGUAUCUUAUUAAUGUCGACUUCAUAAACGUUUUUUUGCGCCUCCAAUUGCGGCUCGAUCCCCACAGCUCACGCGUACCUCUUGUCAUGGAGCGUCGCGUCUCCAAAACUGGGCGGGAGGAUUCGAUUUGUGCCCGUGAUUGUCGAUCGAGGAGAGGUAGUUGGGGUGGAGUAUUUUGGGAUAGAUAUUCUGGGUUAUGGCGUAGUUACGGUACAUUAACGCGUAAUGGACGUGGCUUAGAUCUCUGAAGUGGAGCGGAGGAGUUGUGGAGGAUGGCUGGUGGAGCUAGUCUUGGAAGCGAGCCGUCUGUACAGAGACUGAUGUUUUGAGGUUUCUGUGUUGAUUGGUGGCUUAGGGAUGUCUGUUUAAGAUGGCUUCUCGUACCAGAGAUUCCGUUGGAAGAGGCUGGUACGAGAACUGUUGGAGAGAUUUCGGUACAGGGGGUUUUCUUGUGACAAGAUCGACAAGUGGGAUUGUUGUAAUUUUGGAAGAUGAACGCCGCCUGCUCGAUGCUUUGGUGACAUUUUUUUUAGAAACUACUCCAAGGUUCUGAGGAAUUUUAGAGAAUGUUUUGAGUUAAUCUAGAAGGUAGUUUGGUCGGAAAGAACGGUCUGUCGGAACUAGUCUGUAAUCAAAUACGCAGCCGAGUCCUGGAAUUGGGCGUGGUUCAUCUUCAUUGAAAGCUGGAACUGAUUUCCCCUACCCCUACCCUUUUCUUCGGUCAGAGCCAUAGAGGAGGUGGUUAAGAAUGUAAUAUGGUGUUUCGGUUCUUGAAAUACAAGUUCUUGCGAGGUGGAGGGUCGCAUGAAAUGUCAGAAACAGACAUCACGAAGGUAACAACAAGUACUCAAUGCUCGAAGUAGUGACUCGUUGAAUACCGAAAGCAUGUAACAGAGAGACAAUGUUUUCUACUACACGAUGAUCACUGGUUGGCGCAAUUCGACCCUGAAGUUCAGCAAGUGGGAAUUGAUUCUUCGUAUAAUGCAGUUAAUUUAGCAUUUAGAAUGUUAAAGUAAACGAAGCGCAUGCUUCUUUGCGUGUACAUGUCAUCUCAUUGUAGAGAUUUUUUCAUUCAACAGGACUAAAUAGAGUUGUAGAAUAUCUAACGGCUACUAUGUUGAUCAACAUAGCUAUCGCAAUUGGGGUAGGAUCAGUUCUACUUCUAGCACUAUGUUGCUUCUUCUAUUGGGGAGUUAAGAAGCUUUGGUACCGCACACGUAUCACAGGCCAAAUCUCUGGGACAGCCGAGGAAAUUCCUGCUGAGAAUUCGACUGGGUUGAGGAAGGACGUGGUGCUUUCAUUUCCAAUUGUGAAGGGCCGUGACCUGAAUUUUAGCAACAGUUUGAAAUCACAGUGCUUCAGAUGCUGGCUGAAAUUCGAGGAUGAAGAUGUACUGCGACAGCUGCCGCAUUGUGAGCACGUCUUUCACAGGCACUGCAUUGAUCCGGUGCUUGCCAGACAGAUUACCUGCCCUGUGUGCGGUGUCUUUCUAGUCGACAAACUCAAAACACGCGAGAAAUCGCACGACAGGCGCCCUAACGAUCAAGAAAUUGCCUUACGGAGCAUUUAUUCUGAUGGUCCCUCAAGUCCGUCUAACCCUGUGAAGGCGCCUUCUUGGGUUCAUGUCAAUCGACCAGUCCCACUCCCGAAUACUGGCAUCCUGAGCAGCCGCUCCUACUCCUCGGAUCGGUUUGAAGGUGAGAAUCGCUCAGGCGAGUCUCCACUGCUGAAGUUCAUCCACGGGAACCACUGCGAAGACAUUGGCUUAGAACAAUGUAUCGACAUUAGCUUUACCUUUGGAACCGACAUUCCAGUAGAGAAAAGGCACCCUUCGACACACGACAAAAGCGUGGAUUCUUUCUCCUUUGAUACAUCAAACACAGAUGCAUUCACUUUCCCAGGACUCAGCGGUUCAGGGCGGCACUCAUGGGAUGCUUCACCUGGAGCAAGUUCUAGAUCCUCGUUUACACGCAGCCGCGGCAAAGAAUCGACCCUAAACGAUUCUGGCGACGCCACUCCAGGGAAAAGAUGCUUACGAAGCACCUCGUUGAAGCUUCAGCAAUGCAACUCAUUGAUGGGCACCUCCAGCUUAAAACAACUAGCUAUGGAGGAGGAAUGUGGACAUCUAAAUUUGCGAGAUAAAUCCGCUCCUGCUGCCUUUAGCUAUCACCUUCCUUCAGGACUGCAGGAUCAAUGCUGCCCAGAUGUCUUGUCCGGCAACACUUGCUCGGGACAUCACCCUUCGAGGCCUCUCCAAGCUUCCAACGAUCUACUCAGAGGCUCUUCAAACCGCAACACCUACUCUCAGCAGAUAGAAAAGAGCAGAAGCGCAACAUGGGAACGACUGUAGAUGUGAAGUUUACUAGCCAUGAUCGGGAGUCCUGCAAUGCAUGGAGAAAUCAUCCACAAAACUCCUAUGUCAACCUCAAAUGAUCAGCUGCAUGAGCAAAACGAGACCAUCUGCACGUCGUCCAUCGUGGUUCAUGAAUCCUACACCAUUUCGAUAGCUACGUUUUUCAUCGUUCCUGAGCAUAAUUGCAGACUUGGUUUGUCUGGUCUCUGCUCAGGUUGGUGUGUGCAGUGGUUGGUGACCAUUGUGUUACCACUACAUCAGUGCUCCGGCACUAGUUUCACCCACAGAUCUCUUCCUUUUUCAGUGCCCCACAAAAUGACUGAGCAAUCAAGCAAUUGUCGAGAUUGUGGAUUUGUUCGGCACUAGAACGUUUGCCCUUCUGCACACAAUCCUCGUAUUUCGGUGCUUCUCUUUUGUGCAAUUGGCAUGACAUUUUCUGGCUGGAUGCAGGAUUAGCAAACCAGUUCGAAGCCUACGCAAUGUCGGUAACAGAUCAUCGACAUGCUAGUCCACUGGACACUCGUUCUUUCUUCAUUUGCUUUUCAUUAAAUAUUUAUUCAAUUGAUUAAAAUGCAUCAUUUUAAGAUUCUUUUGUUUA